AGAACUGGGUGGGGGGAAGUAAAGCAGGCCAAUGGGAAAUAAAGAGAGUGAAUGUCCGUCUUGGAAAAAGACAAUAGCAGGUGAAAUUAAUGUGAGCAAAGAAGCUGGGAAACCAUUUGCCUGGUGACACACAUUUCCAGAGAAAGAUUUUUUGAGGAGCAUUGUAGCUGAUCAUUAUAUGGGUGUAAGCAGCCCACUGAUCUGACUCAUCACACCACCCCAAGUCAGUGGGUGCCACAGGAGCCCAAUAAUGAAGGAUGUCUGCAGAGGUGGAAUCGCACUGGGCAUGAGCAUUGUCAUGAUUCCUGCAUCCAGCACACUCAGCAGAGAGCUGGAAACAGGACUGGAAUGAGUGUAUGUGUAUAUAUAGAGACACUGAGACUGUACCAGAGUAUUUUGUGAAAGCUUUUCAGGCUCAAUGUUUUGCAAACAGCAUUUUACAGCAACUGGAUUACUGCUGUUGGCUACAGAGAUGUUUAUUAAAGAGGCCUAGCAGAGGUUAAUCACCUGUCAGUUGAAGCCUUCAUAUCAAUGGGAUAUGUGCCCUGGCUCUUUGAAAUGCUGUGGCAUACUCUCAGCUGAAGUUUCAGGCCUGGACAUCUUGUCUCUAUGUGUAAUGAGGGCAUAACACACAGAGUGCCACAUGGUCUUUUUUUCCUAGUCCCAGUCACCUGCUCUGGGUAAAUUACCAAAAAAAAAAAAAAGGAAUAUCCUUGUCACACGCAGAAGUGCGUCUCACUCUUGGGGCUACUAACAUACAUUAGUGAAGCAGAGAGCAUUCGGGGGAGGGGUUUUUUUUUCACUCCGCUCUCUGCUGCAAUGCUAAAGCACAUUCCAUAGGAGCUGGAUUUGACAGGGGCUUCGGCUUUGGAAAGAAUUUUUACUGACCUAAUAGGAUCAACUCUUGCAAUUUUGUCACAAGUCACAUGAUGUUUGGUGGUUUUGCUAAAGCUGAGUUCCUGAAGUUAAGUGAUUACAAGAUAAUCCCAGUUUUCACUGAAAGACAAAAGUACAUUUCUAGCCCUCAUGAUUGUGGCUAAAAGCUUGAAAACAUAAUCCAAGUGAAAUUGGAAGACUCAAAAGCCAGAAGGCAAAGAAAAAGAACACAUUAUAUAUUAUUGUUAAGAUGAUCUCACAGUUUUGUGGAGUGUCACUCAUGAUUUUUGAAUGCUCAAGAUUGACAAUAUUUGGGGAUGAGUUGAAAAAUGCCUGUUUUGUUUUUGUUUUUUAAUAUCUCAACACUGUAAACAUGUGUACAGCAUGAUUUAUUUUCAAACCAUCCGUAUAGAUUUUGUAAGAGUUCUCUUUCCAUUCAUCCAACCUGUUCCUUCAUGAGUGCUGCCUCAUGGAGAGAGUAUUCCCACAAUGCUUUCUGCUGUUUGAAAGGUACUUGCGCUCAGCUUUCUUGUUUGCAGCAGUCCAGCAGGAAUACAUGUGAAGCGGUGAGAAGUGACAAGAGGGGAACGAUGAGAAGAUUUUCACAACCAAGCAAUCUGCUGUAGGACAGGAGGAAUCAGACAAGAAUCGCGAACAGAUAUCCUGGGUCCCUGUGAGGAGUUUCAUCUGGUUCCUUUCCAACUGAACCAAACCAAAGGCCACCUGGGGGAAGUGCAGAGAGCUGGAGCCCCCGAGGGACAGACACAGCUUGACAGACUGUAUCUCCCUCGGACACAGGCCUCAGGGCUCUGUGAAUUCAUACUUGGGCAGCAUUCGUCUAAGUUUCCGGGCAAUAAAGGAUUUUUGAAUCUGACUUGGACAUGGCGCGGGGAAGCUUAGACAGACACCAGGACACUGCCUGCUUUCUUCCCCAGUGCUUCGACCCCUUGAUCAAGAGAUGUGUGAGGUGCGCAGACCUGCCUGGACACUCCGAGGAGGACACAAUUCCCUCCACAGCAUGUCACACCAGCGUAGCCCCCACUUCAACCCAAGCACCAGCACCGGGCCCAGGUUUGAUAUUUGGGAUCCCUGCUUUAGUGGGGCUAGUUCUGGUCCUGGCUGCACUCUGUGGAUUGCUGACCUGCAAAGUGAGGAGGAGGCGGCAGAGGAAGAGGAGGAGCCCUGAUGAAAAGCCCAAGGAAAACCUGGACUGUGUCAUUUCCUGUGAAAGCCAGGCCUGUAAGGGACCGAAACUGCCAGAAGAUGAUCUCGUACUGGCCACAUGCCCACAUGUGAAUGGCGCCCUGAAGCAUGCUGGGCCAGCAGGAAGAGGAGAUUUCUCAAAGAGGAAGCCAGUCUUCCAAGGUGGGACAGGAAGUGAUGUCAUUGAGCUCUCUGGUCUCUCUGCCAGAAACGAAGAACGUGACCAUGGCUUUCCACUGCCAGCAACAGAGCUGGGGGCCACUGUCCUGGUGACCACAAAGACCAUUCAGAAUAACUGCCUCACUGAGGAGAGACCAUGACAGCAGGCAAAAUAGGGCUGGCUCUAGCCGGUUGCCCACUGAAAGUGACAAAAAUCCCUUCAU